UAAACUGAAUCAAAACUCGUUUCUUUUAUGACACCAGGCGUAAAUUAUUAUUAUUAUUUUUUUUUUUUUACAAACAAAUAGUGAUAAUGCCUAAAAUAAGCUCGGAUACUUCAUGGGAUAUUGCUGCAGCGGAAGUGCGCAGCAGGGAGAGCAGGACUGAUGAAGAGGAUGCUGAAGAGGACGCACACUUUCCCACACAGAGAACAGUCUUCUUCAUGGGCAGUAAAGCAGGGGGUAAGACAACGGUAUUACUGCGGUUUCUUGAUAGAGAUGAGGCAGCUAAACCUACUCUUGCACUGGAGUACACUUUUGGUAGACGUGCAAGAGGGCAUAAUAUGCCUAAAGACAUCGCUCACCUGUGGGAACUGGGAGGAGGAAUUUCCUUAUCAGACCUAGUGCAGAUUCCCAUCACGGCUGACAAUGUCAGUUCUUUGUCUGUAGUACUUGUUCUGGAUGUUUCUAAACCCAAUGCUCUGUGGGAGACCGUGGAGAGGCUGCUGGAUUCCGCUCGAAGUCAGGUGGAAAAAGUGUGUGCCUCACUCCAAAAGACAGGAGAAUCCAGAUCCGGCAAACAACGAGUCCCACGAGUCCUCCACAAAGACUAUCCGGACAGAGAGCUUAUCAGCCCUUUCCCUGUUCCUCUUCUCAUAGUUGGAAGCAAGUUUGACAUCUUUCAGGACUUUGAUUCAGAGAAGAGAAUGGUGAUUUGUAAGACUCUGCGCUUCAUAGCCCACUUCUAUGGAGCCUCUUUAAUCCUCACCAGCAGCAAGUCAGAAGCCACAAUGUCUAAAAGCAGGAGUUUUGUUAAUCAGCUGGCAUUUGGGACUGAAAGACCAAAGUCGGUCUCUACUGACCCCAGCAAACCUCUGGCUAUUCCAGCAGGCUUUGACUCUCUCAAUCAGAUCGGGCCACCUGUAACCUCUGAUGUUGAUAUCGGGACUCUUCAUGCCAAAAACCCCUUAGACCUUUGGAAAAAGGUUUUUGAAAGGGUUUUCCCACCUGAGUCUUCAGAACACCGUAAGGAGCUGAAAGAUCCUGCUAAAGACCCUCAGUACAGUGAGCCCCUUAUAGACUCUAUCAGAGCCCAGAAAGACCAGACUGUCACACAGGUUGUUUUGUCAGAGGGGCGUCCCACUGGAAAGGCAUCUUGUAGUGAGUACAGCGGGAUUUAG